AUGACCUCCCAGGGUGGCACCGACGCGCCAGCCCCGGCGCCGCACGUCAAUUCCGUCGCGGUCCGACUCCCUGCAUUCUGGCCCGCCAAUCCCUCAGUGUGGUUCUUGCAGGCAGAAUGCCAAUUUCAGCUCGCCGUGAUCUCCAUACAGCCUACGAAAUUCAGGCACGUCGUAUCCGUCCUUCCGCCCGAAGUCGCUUCCGACGUCGCGGACGUCCUGAUGGCCCCAAUGGGCGAGACACCGUACGACACCCUCAAAUCUGCUCUUAUUGAACGUACUAUGGCCUCCGAACGACGCAGAUACCAACAAUUGCUGUCUGCUGAAGACCUGGGCGACCGCCGCCCAUCGCAGUUCCUACGACAUCUUCAAGGCUUGCUAGGCGACCGGGCCUCGUCCUUCGAUGAACGCUUACUCAAGGAAUUGUUCCUCCAGCGACUCCCUACCACCGUACAGAUGAUUCUUGCCACGGCCACCAACCUUUCGCUUUCGGAACUCUCCCUACACGCUGACAAGAUCAUGGAGGUGGCACCGCCGCCUGUUUGCGCCGUCGCCUCACACCACUCUGCCUCCCAGCACCAUCCAGCGGAAUCUAGCGUCCCCGCCGUUUCCCAGACCAUCCCUGCCUCAGAACUUUCACCCUUGAGGGCAGACAUUCAGUCCUUGACGGAGGCAGUGGCUUCUUUGCGCCAGUUCCAGCCCGCCCCCGCUGCGUCCCACCGCCCCCCCUUCUCUCGCCGCGACGGAAGGCGCCCACGCUCCCGCUCGCCUCGUACGGACAACAGUGGCCUCAGAUCACCUACGUAUCACCUCGUUGCCGUAAACAACACCGGCAUUCCCGUAUUCGGAGAGCGAUCCCUCACGCUUGACAUCGGCCUCCGCCGUACUUUCCCGUGGAUUUUCAAAGUGGCGGCCACCGAUCAAGCCAUUAUCGGAGCCGAUUUUCUUGAACAUUUCGGCCUGCUUGUCGACCUCCGGCACCACGUUCUUCUUGACCACGGCACCAAGCUCCGCGUUGCGGGCAUCGCCUCGUCUCCCACACCACAGCUCGCCACAACCACCCUUGCGGCGCUACAAUCUCCUUACGCCACCCUGCUUGGCGAAUUUCCUUCACUGUGCUUACCACCAGACUGGACUAAGCCCGUCAAUCACUCCGUCCUCCACUACAUUUCCACCUCAGGUCCGCCGGUGCAUUUCAAGCCCCGACGACUCUCUCCUGAUCAAAUGAAGGUAGCCCGCAGUGAAUUUGAGCACAUGCUCGCCAUUGGAAUCGUCCGCACCUCCUCUAGUGACUGGGCAACGCCUCUUCAUAUGGUCCCCAAAAAGACCGGGGACUGGCGUCCCUGCGGAGACUACAGGGCUCUCAACGUCAUCACCAAGCCCGACCGCUACCCCUUGCCUCAUAUUCAAGACUUUUCUUUCCACCUCGCCGGCAUGAAGUUUUUUCAGCAAGAUUGA